AAAGUCCUCUUCGACGUCCUGAAUUUAAAGGCCGCGCGGAUCAGCUCCGGCCAGAGUGCCAAGGAACGUGCCGCGACCAUCAAGAAGUUCAACAAUCCGGACGACAAGGACCUGAUGGCGCUCAUCUGCUCCUCCCGCUCGGCCGCCGAGUCGUACAACUUCCAAAAGGCCUGCCACAACAUCAUCAUCAUGGACGUUGUCAACUUCAACACCAUCACGCAGAUCAUCGGGCGCUGCUAUCGCAUCGGGCAGAAGCACGAGCAGUUCAUCAAGGUGCUCACGCUCAACCGGUCGUACGAUCAACCGGUCCUCGCCCGAUACGCCACCGCCAUGAUUGCGCAGCUGGCCGCCACCUCCGGCAGCGCUAUGGGGACCAUCAAGGACGAGGACGCCAGCAAAGCCCUGGAGGAUGGCGAGUUCAAGACCAAGGUCGAGGGAAUCGCGGCCCUCAGCAAGCGCAGCGUCCUGGAAGAGGCGCGCGAGGCGCUGUACAACGACGUGGUGCACGCCAAGUUCCGCCGCAACUUCGGCGUCCGCUCCGACCGCGACAACGAGUACUGGCUCAGCGAAACCAACCCAGAUAUGAAGCUGCUCAUCCCAGAGGAGCUUAGGUUCUUCACGGACAAGGGCGGUCGCGCGCUCGCUCACAUCCGCACCCUCCUCAAGAACCAGAAGCUCGCGGACGAGCCCACCACCCCGCUCUCCAAAGGCGUGAAGGACUCCAUGCAAUCGUUGCAGCGCACGCGUGACCGCCAGGAGAAGAAGGCGGAGAAAGACCGGGCGCGGGCGGAGAAGGCCGAGAGCAAGCGCAAGCGGCAGGAGGAAGCCGAGGCCAAGACAGAGGCCAAGAAGAAGAGGAAGCUCGAGGAGGCGCGCCAGCUGCUCGCGGAGAAUGGCGAGUUUGCGACCCCGGCAGUGGCGUCGACACCAGGUCUCAACCCGCCCAAGCGGCCCGCAGGAGAGACAGCGACUCCUUCGGUGUCCGGCCCCGUCAAGAGCGAAGAAGCGCCCGCCGCGUACACGACUCGCGAGAAGGCGGAAGACGUCGACAUGCCGGACACGACGCACGAGGGGGCGGAAGACGUCGACAUGCCGGACACGACGCGCGAGACGGCGGAAGACGUCAACAUGCCGGACACGGUCCAUGAGACGGCAAAGGAGGCGGUAGAGGACCUCGGGAUGGCGAACGCCGGUACAGUAACUGGGACAGCGCCGACCCCCCGUCAGGACUCCCCGAUUGCGCCCAAGGCCGCGACCCCCCUAGCAUCCAGCGACCCGUCGGAGCUAGAGGAAGGAGAAGAGUGUGCGUAGUAACCCUUUUUACCGGCCGGUAAACUCGACUAACGUUUUAUUCUGCCUUUUAGCAUCCCCAGCGCCUCAGGGUGCGACCAACACGG